GCAGUCUACCACAGAAGUGCACAAUGAGAUUUCUGAUCGCCGCCGCCGUCCUCGCUUGCGCCGCAGCAGCCCCCUCGGGCCUGCUAGCCGCCCCCUACGCUCACGGUCUUAUCGGCCAUGGCGCCCCGUUAGCCGUGGCGCACGCCGCCCCCGUGGCUAUCGCUCACGCCGCUCCCUUGGCCGUGGCUGCGCCGACCAUCUCCCCCGGAGACAUCCAGGGUGCCGCCAUCGACGCCCACGUUGAAGCUCACGACCACGCCCGCGCCGCUGUUGAUGCCGCCCGCGAACACCAUGAUCAAGCUUCUGAACUCCAAGGUCAGGCUAUCAACGCCGCUGAGGACCACUCGUGGCAGGCGGUCGAUGCCGUGAAGACCCGUGAGGCUCAGUUGGACGGAGCCGCCGCUGGUGCCGCGCCCAUCUUGGCUAAACAGCUGGCCGGUCACGCUGUGGUCGCGCACGCCGCUCCCGUGGCCGCGUAUGCCGCUCCCCUGGCUCACGCCGCGUAUGCUGCUCCCGUGGCUCAUGCCGCUUAUGCCGCUCCCCUGGCCGCCAGCAAGACCGUGGUCUCUCAGUCCCUGCACCAGUCGCACCCCGCCCCCGUGUACGCGGCCCCCGUGGUCCACGCCGCCCCCGCUCUAGCAUACGGCGCGCAUGGUCUCGCCCAUGGAUGGUAAACUCUCUUAACUAACUUACUAAGCUAAACCAACCCAAAAACCAAAGUUUGGAAUGUAAAUUAUGUAAAAAAAAUGCAAUAGAAGCGAGGA